AUGACUGAAGAUAUUGAAGUUACUCAUGAAGACCAGCAAAGAAUAAACAGCUUUGCGACAUGGAAUCUAAAGUUCAAGGAUUAUACAUCGGAUUAUGAACAAAAGAAGAAAGAAUUAGCAAAUAUUGAUGAUGCUGAAGACGAGUUAAUUGUUGUUGACGAAAGCACUCAUCCAUAUAUCAUUGGUGAGACGUUUUUUCACUUACCUAGUGAUAAGAUUUCAGAGGAGCUUUCAGCAGCUAAAGAAAAAGUACAGUUACACAUUUUGGACCUUGGAGAACGCAUCAAUGACUGUAAAGUGCACAUGAGUAAAUUAAAAAAAGAACUGUAUGGUAAAUUUGGGAAUCAUAUAAACCUUGAAGAGGAUUAA